GAGUGUGGGGGCGUGGCUAAUUCGGGGGCGUGGCUAUGGCCGUAGGGGAGCGCGGGCUGCGGCGCCUGCGCAGUGAGCCGAGCGGGCGGCGGGGAGCGUGUUGCAAUGGCGGGGUACAGCGUGGAGGAGCGUGCCGCGCCGCACAGCCUGGAGUACCGCCUGUUUUUCAAGGACGCGGCCGGGCGGUACAUCUCCCCCUUCCACGACAUCCCGCUGUACGCGGACGCCGGCAAGAAUGUGUUCAACAUGGUCGUGGAAGUACCUCGAUGGACAAAUGCUAAGAUGGAGAUUGCAACAAAGGAUCCCUUAAACCCAAUUAAGCAAGAUGUGAAGAAGGGAAAACUGCGCUACGUAGCUAAUGUGUUUCCCCACAAGGGCUAUAUCUGGAAUUACGGUGCUAUCCCACAGACUUGGGAAGACCCAGGCCAUAAGGAUGAAAACACUGGCUGCUGUGGAGACAAUGAUCCAAUUGACGUAUGCGAAAUUGGAAGCAAGGUCUGCUCACGAGGAGAAGUGAUUAAAGUGAAGGUGCUAGGCACGCUGGCACUGAUUGAUGAGGGAGAAACAGACUGGAAGAUAAUUGCUAUUAACGUUGAAGAUCCUGAAGCAGAAAAUUAUAACGAUAUCAAUGAUGUCAGAAGGAUGAAGCCUGGAUACUUAGAAGCUACGGUGGACUGGUUUAGAAGAUACAAAGUUCCUGAUGGAAAGCCAGAAAACCAGUUUGCUUUUAAUGGAGAAUUUAAAGAUAAGGAUUUUGCAGUGAACAUUAUCAAAAGCACUCAUGAACACUGGAAAGCUUUGAUAGCUAAAAAAACUGACGGAGGAGAGAUCAGCUGCACAAAUCUGACAGUCUCAGGCAGCCCCUUCUGCUGUAGUCAAGAGUGUGCAAAAGCUACUGUGGAUGCAGCACCACCAUGUAAAGCUGCCAACCCAAUCCCACCUGAAGUUGACAGGUGGUUCUAUUACCAGAAGAACUGAAGGCUGAGGAUGCCUGGUGCAGCAGCUGCAUCCUUCCCACCGCGAAGUCACCACGUGCAGGAGUAGCCCAGAAGAAUAGUGCUGGUGACAAGGCGGAGACCUUGCCUGUGACUUACACCAAUUAGAACCGCCUGUCUAGCCGUGACGCCUGAUGUAUUGGCUCUUGCGGAGGCUAGAAGACAUAAUUUGUCAAUCAAAAGCUGCUGCUUGUGCGUGGUCUCGUGGUGUUUUGUAAGUGUCAGCACCUGCACGGCUUUAUGUUCAGAGGCUCACCUGGUACGCGUGCUGGAUGUUAGAAAUAAAACUACUGAACUCUC